AUGCAUUUCUUCAAGACGCUUCUUUCGUUAACGCUCCUGCUUGCGGGCGCCCAAGCCGCAAAGAAGUCGUCAGCCGAACGAUUCGAUGACUUCCACGCCAAAUCCCAAAGGUCGACGCCAGUGAAGCUCAAGGAGCCUUCUUACAAGACCCUGACUACAGCACCACGAGACUACACCGUGGCUGUGCUCUUGACGGCUCUUGAAACUCGUUUUGGCUGCCAACUCUGCCAGGAGUUCCAGCCUGAGUAUGAACUGCUCGCCCAGAGCUGGACAAAAGGAGACAAGUCCGGGGAGUCCCGUCUGAUCUUCGGUACAUUGGACUUUGUUGAUGGUCGCGAGGUUUUUGUUACGGUCUUCUCGCAGCUUGGUCUUCAAACAGCACCCGUGCUCCUCCUCUUUCCUCCUACUGAAGGUCCUCACGCUGUUGCGUCAAAGGAUCCGCUACGCUUCGACUUCAACACGGGUGGGCACAUGUUCAACCACAUCCGCAAGGUUCCCUAUGUUUCCGGGGAUGGUCGUGGAGGAGUCACCUACUUUUCUGGCAACUUCCAGAGCCAGCUGGGUAUGGAAACUCAGAUCGUUGCCGCUAUAUAUGGACUUCUUGCAUUCUGUUCCAUCGCUUUGAUUGUCAAGGUCCCGCGUAUCGCUGAUUCGGGGACGCAGCAAGUCGCUGUGAUCGCAUGGAGCGUGAUCUUGUUCUCUAUGUACAGCUUCAUGCUGAGCAUCUUCCGCAUCAAGAACUCAGGGUACCCGUUCUCACUCCCGCCAUUCAUGUGA